GCGGAAGCGCUCCGCUGAGGGAGGCGGAGGGGCGGCGGUGCCGGGAGGGUUGUGGCGCGAUGCGUGGCGGCUGCCGCCUCCUCCCGCUCCUGCUCCUGGCGCUGCUGCGCGGGCUGUGCCAUGGCCGGGACCCGGCGCCGGGCGCUGUUACCUGCGGCUCGGUGCUGAAGCUGCUCAACACCCGCCACAGCGUGCGGCUCCACUCGCACGAGGUCAAGUACGGCUCCGGAAGUGGGCAGCAGUCAGUGACAGGAGUUGAAGCUUCAGAUGAUGCUAACAGCUACUGGCGUAUUCGUGGGAAGAAUGACGGCAGUUGCCAGCGUGGGACGCCAGUGAAAUGUGGGCAAGCUAUACGACUUACCCAUGUUAACACAGGAAAAAAUUUACACACUCAUCACUUCCCAUCACCACUCUCCAAUAACCAAGAAGUAAGUGCCUUUGGUGAUGAUGGCGAAGGAGAUGACCUCGAUAUAUGGAUUGUGCAAUGCAGUGGGACUUACUGGGAGCGGGAGGAUGCAGUGCGCUUCAAGCACGUGGGAACUGAGGUGUUCCUUUCAAUAACAGGGGAGCAGUAUGGCCAUCCCAUUAGAGGCCAACGGGAAGUUCAUGGCAUGCCUACUGCUAAUCAUCACAACUAUUGGAAAGCAAUGGAAGGAGUCUUCAUCAAACCCAGUAUGGACCCUGCAAAACAUGAUGAGCUCUGAAUUGAUAGAGGAUCCAAAAUGCUUCAGCUUACUCCAGUGUCCGGAGAUUCUAAUCCUUGGUCUCUUAUAAGUCCCGCCUUGCCUAAGUGACUGACGUUUGGUAUUACUGAAGGGCAUUAGUUCAUUCUAGGAAUGCAGCACUUCCAUGGGGAGUGGCGUCUGCCACAUUCAGCCAUUGAAAUUUAUUUGGCAAAAUCUUUUCUGAAUUUUCAAGCUUAAUGGGUGGAACCAGUUCAUACGUCUUAGUUUUUGUUGUCAUUUGUUUUGCUCGUUCCUUUUUCUCAAAUUUGAAGGAAAUGGAAAAACUGAAGUAAUACAUUUCUGUAGUCCCAAGUACAAUAAAACUUCGUCUUUUAUAAUCUUUUUCCAAUUAUAAUUAAAUAUUUGGAAACUGAUUUCUACUUCUUAGUGAGAAAAUGUUAUUAAUGAGGAGAUGGAGUGAGUCUAGGAAGGGAAAAAUAGUUCUCAAAUGUGGUGUCUUUUGAGUGGUUUGAAGUCAGCUAUUCAACCUUCCAGAAGGAAAAUGUCAUCCAUUUGAAAAUUGCUUCCAAUGUCUUUCUUGAGUUUCAUUGCAUACUGUACUGGAAGAGUUGAAAAUACUGUGUAUGUUGGAGUAAGAAGACCAAGUUUUUAUUUAUUCACUCUCUCUAAAAAGUUCAGAUUUUCUGGUAAUAGUGAUACUGCUACUUGUCAAAUGGUAAGACUGCUCUGUUCAAUGAACUCAUGCAGAAAGCUAUGGUUUCUUUAAUUAAUAUUAGAAUUUUAUAAAAUUCCAUGUGGUGCAAAGGAACAGUUGAAUUUGACUUACAUUGGACUUGCAUGUCACUCUGCAAGAUCAGUAUGAGAAUCCAGAUGAAUAAGUAGUGGGGCAUAUACCCUUGUGGGGCAUUUUUGUGUAAAUCCAGAAGAGAAAAAAGAAUCUUGGACAAUAGCUUGGUCCUUGCUUUUCGACAGAAUGCUAUGCUCUGGAGUGCUAGCAAGGAAUCUUCAUUUAACGAGUCAUGAAUUUCUGUGUUCCUCUUCCUCUGUGAAAAAAACCUAAUUCUUGAGUGUGUUUUGUUACAUGGUGUUACUGGAAGUACUGAUUAAAAUUCAAAGUACUGUACAUUUUCUAGUUGCUUUAAACAGGAAAGCUCACAAAAUGAGUGUGAAAAGUCAAAUAAUUAAGAUGUUCUUGUCUCCAUGUGUAAAUAGUUUACCAAUUAUGGUCUUAAUUAGUCAAUCAGUUAAAGAAGCAGGAAACUGAUUUACUGCUUUUACAGCUCCAGUCACGUGCUGCAGUGUUAGUGUUGUGUUGAGAAGGUGCAACAGGCAAUUGCAGUUGAGCUUUAUAAAUAUACCUGCUGAUAUGUGCUUCCUACUCUGUUACGCCUCAUGCAGUUGUGCUAUACAGGCUAGCUUUAGGUUUUAUUUAAGGGUUUACUACUAGUGAAGAUCCUUCAUACCCUAUGGAACAAGAAACCUCUGUAACAGUUAUUUUGUGUACCUGAUUAUUUUUCUUCAAAGGAAGACUGUUUUUCAAUGAAUCUUAGUUGCAUGUAGGUACUUAAGGAUUAUGGGCAUUUUUGGAGUGUAAGUAAACUAGCUUUUGCUGUUUUGUAUUAGAAGUAAACUUUUAUGUGAUGAAUGUUUCAGGUUCACUGAUAUUCCUGACUAAUUGGUAUUGAAGUUGUAGCUAUAAAGGGUAACUAAAAACAAACCGAACCUUCUGCGUAAACAAGCCGACUCUUCCUUUCCUUUAUUAAAAAGGAGGGCUUUUCUUUUGAAGUUGGUAUAUUAGUAAACACAAAAAGAGUGGUAGCAUUUUGUCAGGAGGAAGAAAUUUGGCAAUGAGUUCUCUGUCACUAAGAGCUAAACACUUUAUGCCUAAACCAUAUGGGCUUAGUGUUCGUGCACCUGUGGAAUACUGACUUGGCUGAGAAGGGGUAGAGCUGUGUUGCUCAUCUCAGUCUGUGCCGGGUACUGUCCCUACCCACUGUUUAUCUCUGCCUGGAUGUUUCUGUCCCUAGCAAAGGUAUUUAUCAGUCUUAUGCUUGAGUGGGAUCUCACUGGACCUUUCUUCUUCUGUUCUGGAUUUGAGACAUAUUGGUUUAUUGAGGUUGGGAAAGAACUGACUUUUCAUUCUUGCUGCUUACUUUCUAAUAUGAUACCAGUUUUGAACACAUUUGUACCUUUUGUUCCUAAGGAGCCAAGCCUCCUCGCACAUGUGUAUCCAUGAAUGCCUUAUUUAAAGACAUGUUCAACAGUA